CCGGAGACAGAACUGUUCAACAUCGACGCCACUGUCAUAGGUACGUAGUAGGUAGGCAGAUGGAUGAUCACCAUCACCAAUUGUGGCCACAACCCAACCAUCUCCAGUCAGAAAAAUCUCCGCACUCCCGACGCCCGUCGCCACCUCCGCCGCUGGCGCUUGCUCCACCCCCUCGAUUCCUGCCAGCGCCGCUGCUCUUCGCCACCGCCGUACGUGCUCCCUCAUCACCGGCGCCUUCUGCUGCUGGCGGGGUGACAAGCGGGGCUGCUGCCCUUCCUCCAGGUGCCUGCACGGUACGUUGACAUGUCGUGCGACUCAAGGAGCACCCCUCAGGAGCAGCUCAGGUCGGACAAGCUCCACCCACCGGCGCCGCCAAUGCCGGUGAUCAACCUGGGUCACCUCACUAUUGAACCCGAGGCACGAUCUCGCGUGGUGGAAGAUAUCGCCAGAGCGUGCCAUGAUCUCGGAUACUUUCAGGUUAUAAACCAUGGGAUCAGUCAAUCUGUCAUGGACCGUGCCGUUGAAGCAGCUUCAGAGUUCUUCAAACUUCCAAGUGAGACAAAGCAGGAAUUUGCAUCAGAUGAUAUCCGACGGCCUGUUCGAUACGGCACCAGCUCAAAGGACGGCACUCGUCCGGCACGGACAUUCCUAAAGCAUUAUGCCCAUCCCCUCAGUGAAUGGUUGCAAUAUUGGCCAGAAAAACCACCAACCUACAGGGAGGACAUGGGAAAAAUUUCAGCUGAAGUAAGGAGGGUGGCUCUGCAGCUGAUGGAAGCCAUACUUGAAGGCCUGGGACUGGGCAAAGACUACCAGCAUGAAGAAUUUCAGAGAGGAUUGCAGCUACUGCAAGUGAACUGCUACCCGAAAGAACCAGAAGGCGAUUCGGCGAUAGGGCUGGCACCGCAUUCCGAUCACGGAUUUCUCACCAUCUUGCUCGCAAGCUGUUCAGGCCUGGAGGUUCUUGACCGAAGUAGCAACACCUGGAGAGUGGUCCAGCAACCCCGGCACGCGUUGCACGUCCACGUGGGAGACUACAUGGAGGUCCUGAGCAAUGGCCGGAUCAGGACCGUCGUGCACCGUGCUGUCCUCAACCCUGGAGAGGCGAGGAUCUCCAUGGCGAGCAUCCAUAGUUUUGGGAUGCACGAGACGGUAUCCGUUGCCAAGGAGCUGGUGGAUGAGCAAGAUCCUGAGAGGUACAAGGAGAGCAGCUUCAGUGACUUCCUGGACUAUCUCAUGAGCAAUGCGGACAAGAAGCGCAUGAGCUUUCUUGAGAGCCUUAGGAUUUGAGGAGCGUACCAGGAGGCCCUGAUAAUCAGGGUGUGAUCUUUACUCGAAGCACAAGAGCGAGGAAUAUGACAAGCUCCACACCUACCAAGUUCAUUCUCAAAUCUGUUCCGGACGACUUAUCUGUAGUGUUACUUAUUAUGUGAAGGUACUGACUGAAGGUGCUGUUUGUUGUCAUGCUGUUUUUCCGUUUCACCUCACUAUAUGAGUACGAGCCUUCAACUGAAAAAAAUAUGGUUACGAGUUGUAUAAACUGAGUUAAAAGGUCCAUGAUAAA